GAAAAGGAGGAGAAGCUGAAAGACGAGGAGGAGGGGUUGUUCGUUUUUGUUCUUGCCUCGAGUUGAUGUAGCAGGGCCGGGAGGCCAGCUUCUGUAGCUGUCUGAUCUGCAAAGGAGAAGAAGAACAAGCAGCAGAAAGCGGGAGAGGAAGAGGAGGAAAUUCGCGUGCCCACCGCGCCGUGUGUCCGCAGCCCUCCGGGCCCCGGAGCGUCUGCCCCGCCGCGUCCUGCCGGAUUCGUCAUUCCUAAGGAUUGGCUGAAUGGAGGAGGAGGCUGCAAGGAAGAGGAAGAUGCUCCAGGACAGCCAGGCAGGCACUGAGCUGAAGGUAGAGAUCAAGGAGGAGAAAUCCCCCUGGCAGAGCAUUGCGGAAGAGGCUGUUUUGAGCACCUCCACAGCACAGGAAGCCAAUGGGGAAGAGAAGCCCCAGAGACCCCACACAAGGAGGGGCUGCAAGCCCAGCCCAGGGUGCUCCAAGGAGGAAAGAGACCCCCUGUGCCAGGAAGGUGGCCAGAGCUUCAGCCAGAGCUCAGAGCUGGUGAAGAAGCCUGACAUGGGGGAGAAGCUGCACAAAUGCUUGGAGUGUGGGAAGAGCUUCGGCCGGAGCUUCCACCUCCUCCGGCACCAGAUGAUCCACACAGGGGAACGCCCCUAUGAAUGCUUGGAAUGUGGGAAGAGCUUCGGCCGGAGCUCCUGUCUGAUCCGCCAUCGGGUAAUUCACACAGGGGAACGGCCCUACAACUGCAGGGAAUGUGGGAAAAGCUUCAGUGACCGCUCCAACCUCCUCACCCACCAGCGCCUGCACUCCAAGGUACGGCCCUUUGAGUGUUGGGAGUGUGGGAAGAGCUUCAGCACCAGGUCUGACCUGAUCCAGCACGAGAAGAUCCACAGUGGACAACGGCUCUAUGAGUGUCCUGAGUGUGCAAAGAGAUUUCGGACCAGCUCCCAUCUCCUCCUGCAUCAGCGCAUUCACACAGACGAGAGGCCCUUCCGCUGCCCCGACUGUGGGAAGGGCUUCAAACGCAACUCCCACCUCACCCUGCACCGGCGCACCCACACUGGGGAGAGGCCCUACGAGUGUGGGGAGUGUGGGAAGAGCUUCACCAGCAGCUCUGGCUUGACUCAACACCAACGGACACACCAGUAAGGGAAGUCCUGCUGUGGAGGCCCAGGGGCCCACCAUUGCCCUGGAAGGGCAAAGGUGACGAGGGUCAAAGAGAGACUCCCUCUGAAUACAGUGGUCUCACCCAUAGGCAUUUCCAGGCUCAUGUUAAUGCAACAGGCUUUAUUGGUAUCACCCAGUUCAACUGCCCUCUUUUCUUUAUAGGUACUGCCCCUAGAAUGUUCUCCCCUCUCUUGUCCUCUCUUGUGGUGCUCUGCCCCUGGUUACCUCAUUGGUUCCCAGUUUGCUGCCCCUCCUCUGUGCCACUUGUACUUCAAUUCCCAUUGGCCCUUGACCCUCGGAUCUGCCUCUUUCCCCCCCCCAUAUAAAACCCUCUCCUCAGCCGUCUGUCCUUGGACCCUCUUCAUAGCAAUAAACCAGAUUUGGACCUCCUCACAAAGACUGUUCGUUAGCAGUUUAAGCAAGCCUGCUCUGGGCUCUGGGAGUGCCGGUCGUUCACAGAGACUCAUUGUGGACGCCCCACAACACCCUGAGAAUGCCCUGACUGUGAGAAGGUCUUCAUCUACUGCUCCAACUUCAUCACCCAUCAGAGGACCCACACUGGAUGAUUCUCAGUUACCCUCACUGGGCCAAGACCUGCUUAUCCAUGUUCCAGGUGUACUGGGUUUGUGUGGCCAGGUUUGGAAGGAGGGGGCCACAGGGGUAGCUUUUAUGAGAAGCUGUCAGGAAUUUCCCCAUGUCCAGCAAAGCCAGCACCAGCUUCUGUACAGAUCCACAACUCACCAACGCUAAGCCCACAGGAGAUGGCAGUGACACCCCAGGGAUAAUGGAUUCAAGAAGGAAAAAGUUCUUGUGCAGAUGGAAUCAGGUGCAGAGCAGAGUGGGAGCAUGUGAAAGGAACAGCUCUGCAGACUCCCAGGGCAGCGCAGAAGGAGGGGCAGGAGCUGCUCCAGGUGCCAAAGCUGCCUGCAGCCCCUGGAGGAGCCUGCACUGGAACAGGGGGAUGCCCGGAAAGAAGGAUGUGAGCCCGUGGGAAGCCCGUGCUGGAGCAGCCUCCAUGCAGGGCCCUGUGGAUCCCUGGGCAGAGGAGCCCACGCUGGAACAGCUUUGCUGGAAGGACCUGUGGAGACCCAUGCUGGGACAGGGGAAGGACUCCCAGCUUCUGUCCCAGAGCAGCAGUAGGAGGAACAAGGUGCAUUAUCCUGCUCUGAUUUGGUUGGUAAUAAAUUGAGGUCCUUUCCCCA